AUGGAAGGCUACCGGCCAUCCAGUCAGGCACGCAAUGGACCUAGUGACGAAAUGGGUUCCGCUUACAGCAAAUCAGAGAGCGCCUAUUCUGUGUUCAUGAAUUAUGAGAAAAUCCUCUUUACCUCCUUUACCAGUUUUGGAAUGGUUCUCUGCAUGUUUGCAACCAACAUCAUCCUCCCAGCAAUGCCGGUAAUGGGAGAUGAAUACCACAUGUCGUCAGCGAUGAUUAAUCUUAUUAUAACAUCAUACAUGGUCAUCCAGGGAAUUUCGCCCGCACUGUUGUCCAUAAUUUCUGACGUGCAUGGACGGUGUUUGGCGUGGAUGCUUGCACUGUCGCUGUACACGGUGGCCAACGUUGGUCUAGCCCUGCAGACUGAUUUUGUUGCGUUGGUUCUUCUUCGAUGUCUGCAGAGUAUAGGAAGUAGCUGCGCCAUUCCCUUCGGAUUUGCCGUUGCUGCCGACAUUACAUCGCCAUCAGAGAGGGGAAGAUUCAUCGGUCCCAUGCAUGGAAGCGUCAUGGGAGCUUUUGCUUUUGGGCCCGUCAUCGGCGGGACACUGACCACUUACCUCGGCUGGAGGAGUAUAUUUUGGUUUCUCUCCAUUAGUAGUGGGUUGUUUCUUUCCGCCUAUGUUUUAUUUAUGCCUGAAACGGCCCGGGCCGUGGUAGGCGACGGCUCCGUCGCUCCAAGACGCUGGUGGACAAAACCCGUCUUCCACAAUACCAAGCGGCUUCAACAUGAUGCCGCGCAACGGCCCGCUCAACCGCAGCGAAGGAGGGAGAGGCCGCAAACCGCCUUGCACAUGAUCUUUGCCUCUUUGCGUAUCAUAGGGAAGAAGGAUGCCUUCGUCCUCAUCAUGUACACGAGCUUGCUCUAUUUUGGGGUUUCUGCCUUGUGGUCCACCACUGCAAACCAUUUCGGUCAGCGUUACGGGCUAAGCACACUGUACCUCGGGCUCUCUUUCAUGCCUUACGGGAUCCUCGGGGGCUUGGGUAUGGUGAUCAGCGGUACACUGCUCGACUAUAACUAUCGACGACUGUCCAAGCAGCACGGAAUGACCUCCGAUCAUCCGAGUAGCAAUCCCAAUGGUUUUUCUAUCAAAAUUUCCAGGCUACAAGUUGCGAUGCCUUUCAUGUUUCUGCUUGCUUUUUCAUUUACUGCAUACGGCUGGAUCGUCCAGGAGCACCUGCCCUUGGCUGCGGUGCUCGUGUUCCAGGCUCUCAUUGGGUUGGGCAGUACUCCGUUACUCGGAAUCAUAUACACCCUUCUGAUAGAUCUAUUUCCGGAUCAAACUGCUACGGUUUCUGGAGUGGCUGAUUUGAUCAGAUGUUUGUUCGGUGCCAUCUCUGCGGCAGUCAUUGAUUAUAUGCUAGUUGGUAUGGGCUGGGGCUGGUGUUUCACAUUAUUGGGUCUGACUCUACUACUUUCACUCUGUUUUGUUGCUUUUAUGCUUUUUAACUCGGCUCUGUAG